AUUAACGAACCAAAAGCGGAAAUAUAACUGAAUGCGCACGCAUCUUACAGAAGGAUCAUCUGUUUCCCAACAAACACAGAAAACACAGAAAAUUAUCAAGAUAUCAGCCGAUUCCUUAAUAUUUAUAGCAGUAUACCAUACAACUACAAUCCUGGCUAAUCCUGGCAUGAGCCAGAUGAGGUGUGGUGCCUAUGGCCGAUUCAGUUGAUUGUCAGUCAGGUGGGGGGAGUAAACAACACACACGUAAAACAGGGGCCAGACACACAAAUAGAGAGGUUAGAAGUCCUGCUAUAGCGAGGAGGACCAGGAGCCGGGACAAACAACCUGACGAUACUGAAGUGGUUAUAAAGCCAGAGAAAGCUGCUAGGGAAGGCUCCAAAGAAAAGAAAGCUGGAAUAAAUUUUAAUCAGAACUUGAACGCAAAUUCAUCAGAAAGCUCUACAGAGUUUUCUACACAAAGACGAAGGCGAUCAAGCUCGGGUAGUUCUAAAUCUAAAACAUUAUUACAUACAGACUCUACUAGUAACAGAAAAAGGUCACAAAGUGAGGAAAGUUUAAGUUCAAGGACAAAUUCUCCGCCACGAGGAAGUGGAAGUAGGGGCAGAGUAAGGUCUGCAUCUAGCGUAUCAAAUAACGAGAAAAGUGGAAUUAAUUUAUCUUGUUCAAAGACAUCUGCUAGCUCUGUAUCUGUUAAACCCUCUUCAUCAAAAUCGUCAAGAUCCAGGAAAAGGAGUGGUGCAUUGUCUGUUUCAAGCACAUUAUCAAGUAUUGACAUAGAGUCUGCUUCUGUAGCACCUUCUCAUUCAUCAUCUAAAGCUUCUGUAAGCUCUUCGAAAACCAGAAGCAAUAGCGGUUCUAGUUUAGCAUCUGUGUCAAGUGAAGGCUUGCUGACUGCGAAUUGUGAAAAGUGCCGCAAGGGUAAAAAAACUAAAAAAGGGGGAAAAAGUCGGAAGUCAAAAAAAGGAGAGCCCUCAAAACCAAGAAAAGCAACCCAACGGGCCCCGUGCGGGGAAGGGCCCGGAACAUAUCGCGUAUAUCGUAAAAGAUCAAACACCGCUAAAUCUGCAACAUCGCUUGUUGAACCUGUUGCUAAGUGCAGCAAAGUGGAAUCUAAAACUGACGUUGAUAUUAAAUUAGAGAGAAAAAUCGAAGUCAGUGUUACAAAUCACGGUAUUCACGAGCAAGCGUUGCCAGCUAGUUUUCUAAUCGCAGGAACUAGUUAUUCCCGGGACACAAACACAUCACAGCCACCAAAUAAAAAGUCCAAGUUGGAUAAGAAGGCGAAAAAGAAGGACAAAAAGUCUCAGAAAUCGGAGAGUCCAAAAGGUGCUACGGGGAGUUCAACUUCAAAAUCCUCACCGCCGGAGCUGAAUAGCUUACGGCGGCAUACACGUGCUAAGAAGACGGGCUCCUGUGCUAGUAGUAGGUCAGUAAAGUAG